UUGUCUCUGUCCUGCUCUGAAGCUGAGGAGCCGUUCUGUCGGCGGAUGGGGGAGAGUGAGAGACCCCAGCUGUCCAAAGAGGGGGACAUCAUGCUGGGGGCCAUAUUCUCCUUCCACAGCAGCUGGAGGGAUAGACAGGACAACUACACACACAAGCCGCAGCCGCUGCAGUGCAUCAGUGUAAACUUCAGGGGUUUCCAGUUUGCACAGGCGAUGCUGUUCGCCAUCGAAGAGAUAAACAACAGCACUGAUCUGCUCCCCGGCGUCUCGCUUGGUUACAAGAUCUACGACUCCUGUGGAUCCAUUGCCCAAGGAGUGAGGGCAGCCCUGGCCCUGGCUAACGGCCAACAGGCUGGAGCCGCGAACGCCUCCUGCAGCCGCCCGGCACAGGUCGUGUCGAUUUUGGGGGAGACCUCAUCCUCACCUUGUAUGGCCAUCGCCACAGUCGUCGGAACGUUUCACAUCCCACUGAUCAGCCACUUUGCCACCUGCGAUUGUCUGAGCGAUAAAGUCAAAUAUCCGUCCUUUCUUCGGACCAUUCCCAGCGACUACUACCAGAGCAGAGCGCGGGCCCAGCUGGUCAAGCACUUCGGCUGGACCUGGGUGGGAGCAAUACGAACCAAUGACGAUUACGGCAACAACGGGAUGGACGUUUUCAUAGAAAGUGCCCAGCGACUGGGCAUCUGCCUGGAGUACUCCGAAUCCUUCUUCAGGACCGAUCCACCCGACAAAAUACACAAGAUCAUAAAGACCAUCCAAGGUUCCACCUCGAAAGUGAUUGUUGCGUUCAUGUCGCACCUGGACAUGGACCUGCUGAUAGAAGAGUUGACCCGGCACAACUUGAGCGGGUACCAGUGGGUGGGAUCGGAGAGCUGGAUCUUCGACUCCCAAAUAGCUGCACUGGAUAGACAGCGCAUCUUAGAUGGUGCUGUUGGUCUUUCCAUCCCUAAAGCGAACGUCACUGGCAUGAGAGAGUUCAUUUUGGAGGUCCAGAGACUUAACUUGUCCAGUGAUGAAUUCUUCACUCAGUUUUGGGAGGAGCUAUUCAACUGUAAGUUUGAGGUAAACUCAUCGGGUGUGGUGUGCACUGGUUCAGAGGAGCUCACGGGAGUGUCCAACAGUUUCACUGACAUGUCACUCAUGCCCAUAUUUAGCAACGUGUAUAAAGGCGUUUACGCAGCAGCCCACGCGCUUCAUAACAUCCUGGGAUGUGAGCAAAAAUGUGACACCAACGUGAAGCUGGAACCUUCCACAAUUUUACAGGAAAUGAAAAGGAUUCGAUUCAAAACCAAGGAUGGCCUUGAGGUGUAUUUCAAUGAAAAUGGAGACCCGUCAGCAAAGUAUGAGGUGAUAAAUUGGCAGCGGGCGGAAAAUGGAGCAGUGGCGUUUGUCCCAGUCGGGUUCUAUGACGCGACCCUACCGGAGGACCGGCAGCUGCGUGUCGAUGACAGGUCAUUCAUUUGGGCUAACAACUCCAAUGAGGUUCCAAUAUCAGUUUGCAAUGACAAAUGUUCCAGAGGGACACGUCGAGUUCUCCAAAAAGGAAGACCAGUCUGCUGCUACGACUGCGCCAAGUGUGCAGACGGAGAGUUCAGCAACACAACAGAUGCCGUCACGUGCGAGCCGUGCCACCCAGACUUCUGGUCCAAUGAGAGCAGGGAUAAGUGCGUGAAGAAGGAGACAGAGUUCUUGUCAUACCAGGAGAUCAUGGGCGUGCUUCUCUCUGCGGCAUCUUUGUUUGGAACUCUGAUGACGUCAUGUGUGGCAUUCAUUUUCUUCAGACACAGAAGAACGCCACUCGUUCGGGCAAACAACUCCGAGCUGAGCUUCCUGCUGCUCUUCUCCUUGACUCUGUGUUUCCUCUGCUCCCUGACGUUCAUCGGCCGGCCGUCGGAGGCGUCCUGCAUGCUGCGGCACACAGCCUUCGGCAUCGCGUUUGUGCUCAGUAUCUCAUGCGUUCUGGGCAAAACCCUGGUGGUGCUGAUGGCUUUUCGCUCCAAAGGCCCCAGCAGGGCUGUCAUGAAGUGGUUCAGCCCGGCGCAGCAGCGACUCAGCGUUUUAAGUCUGACUCUGAUCCAAGUCAUCAUCUGCAUCAUCUGGCUGCUAACGUCUCCUCCUUUUCCGUUCAAGAACGUUGCUGAAUUCAAGAACAAAAUCAUCUUAGAGUGCGCCGUGGGUUCAGCUGUGGGCUUCUGGGCUGUUCUGUUUUACAUUGGGCUCUUGGCUUUGUUCUGUUUUGUUCUGGCCUUCCUGGCUCGGAAACUUCCUGACAACUUCAACGAAGCUAAAUUCAUCACCUUUAGCAUGCUGAUAUUUUGUGCAGUGUGGAUCACCUUCAUCCCAGCCUACGUCAGCUCCCCUGGCAAGUUCAGCGUGGCCGUGGAGAUAUUCGCUAUACUGGCGUCCAGUUUUGGGCUGCUGUUUUGCAUUUUCUUGCCCAAAUGUUAUGUUCUGUUAUUGAAGCCGCAGAAGAACACCAAAAAGAGCGUGAUGGGAAAAGGGGCGUCGAGCACAUCUAAACGACGUAAGAUUUAA